GAGGGCUUUAUUCACACACUCACAGAGCAACCCCUACUCCACACACACACACACACACACACUCUGACACACUCAGCUCCUCUCUCUCACACACACACACAGUGUGAAAGCCAUGAAUGAGCUGAAGAGCAAAGCGUUUUGGAGAGCUGUGCUGGCCGAGCUGGUGGGGAUGACCCUCUUUAUCUUCCUCAGCAUCACCGCUGCCAUCGGAAACGAAAAAAACUCCAACCCGGAUCAGGAGGUCAAGGUGUCCCUGGCAUUCGGACUGGCCAUCGCCACGCUGGCUCAGAGUCUGGGCCACAUCAGCGGCGCUCACCUGAACCCGGCCGUCACCGUCGGCAUGCUGGUCAGCUGUCAGAUCAGCUUCGUCCGAGCCGCCUUCUACAUCCUCUCUCAAAUGCUGGGCGCCUCGGUGGCCAGCGGAAUCCUGAUCGGCAUCCGGCGCGAGAACAGCACAGCGCUCGGGGUCAAUGGGCUGAAUAAUAUCACUCCGCCUCAGGGGAUCGUGGUGGAGAUGCUCGCCACCUUCCAGCUGGUUCUGUGUGUGUUAGCCGCGACGGAUAAACGGCGGCGUGACGUCUCAGGUUCGGUUCCUCUCGCUAUCGGACUCUCCGUGGCUCUGGGUCACCUCACUGCCAUCAGCUUCACAGGAUGUGGAAUCAACCCGGCUCGAUCCUUCGGCCCUGCACUCAUCACCAACAACUUCGCUGACCACUGGGUUUACUGGGUGGGGCCGAUGUGCGGGGGUUUGGCCGCGGCACUCAUCUACGACUUCCUGCUUUACCCAAAGACGGCAGAUUUUCCGGACCGCAUGCGAGUUCUGGUGUCUGGACCUCCGACUGAUUACGACGUCAACGGACGAGACGACCUGCCGGCUGUGGAGAUGUCGUCGAAGUGAUGAUGAAACAUGAGUCCUGUGAUUAUUGUUCCGGUCAUUAGCCUCACGGGAGAAACAUUCCCCGAGUCCAGAAUGAGAUGGGUUUUUUAUUAUUCUGAAUUGAGUGACAUCUUAUUUUACACUUUCCCAAAAUCCUGUGAUCUGAGGUAAUUAUCUGACUAAAUUCCAAAAAACUGGAACAAUAAGCGUGAGUAGAUUUAGCAUGUUAGCAAGUCGCACGAAUUAGCAUGCAAACCAGCUAGCCACGAAAGAGAAGGAACAGUAAUAAAAAGCUUCACUCACUUCUUCAGACAGAAAUAAAGUCGAUAAAGCUGUGUUUAAAACCGCAUCAACUUCAGCUUUUUGCUAAACAGAUCAGUUCUCGAGUGUAUCACACUCUAAAUCUUACACUACCUGUAAAUAUCUCUUCUUCUUUUUCUUACAAAUUACUUUUCCUACAAAAAAAUGUUUGCUGCAGCAAAAGUGAAAUUUCAUAUUUAGUUUUAUUUUUCUUUCUUUUUUAAUUCCUGCUUUUUGUAUGUACCUGAAUUUUUUAAAAUUUCUUUAGUCUUUAGUUUUUUUUUGUAAACAGUAUUUUUUCCGUGUAAAUGAUUGAAUUGUUCUACAUUUUGUACUCGAGUAACAUGAGCACUAUAAGUUUCCUCUCCUUCACUUUUUGUACGUUAAAAUAAAUAAAAUGACCUUAAGUUACUCUUGAGUUUUGUUCAUUUUUAUUAUUUAUUAUUUAUUUGACCAAAUGAGAUAUCAUCAGAUCAUAAAGCAAAAAAAUUAAGCCUGAUGUUACACAGUUUCCUCAUAACUUUUUAGAAAUUAAUAUUAUUUUAAAAUCAGAAAGUUUAACAUUUUAACAGAUGUUAUAAAACAUCAGAAGAGCAACGUCCACUUUAUUACUCAGAUACGCAUCAGGAGCUUCAUCAGAAUGAAGUCUGAUCUCUGUGACUUUUUUGAUGUGCUGUGUAUGCUGAGUUGCUUUUCUGCUCAUCAGAGUUGAUUAUUUGAGUUACUGUAUCCUUCCUGGCAGGUUGAAUCUGAUCUGCACCAUUCUGUCUAAACUCUAGUGUGUGAACAUUCCAACCCAGAGAUUAAAAAGUUUCUGAAAUACUCCAACAUGUGGCACCAACAACCAGGCCACAGAGAUCAGACUUUUUCUUCAUUCUGAUGUUUGAUCUUGACACGUGUCUGUGUAACUGUCUACAUGUGCAGGAGUACUGGUGUUCCUAAUAAAAUGGACAGUGAGAAUGUU